GGAAGUAAUACCUAAACAUGCUUCUGGACAUGGUGUUAAAAUGGAGCUUUUGCUGAGAGUUUGAGUUACACAGAAACCAUGGUUCGACUGACUCUGGAUUUAAUUGCCAAAAACAGCAAUCUUAAACCCCGAAAAGAAGAAACCAUCGCACAGUGCCUGAAGAAAAUAACACACAUAAAUUUUUCAGACAGAAAUAUAGAUUCAAUUGAUGACCUCUCUCUUUGCAGAAACCUGAGUGUUUUAUAUUUAUAUGAUAACCGCAUUAGUAACAUCACUAACCUGAAUUAUUCCACAAAUCUGACACACUUGUACCUGCAGAAUAAUUGCAUUUCCUGCAUCGAGAACCUCAGGUCACUAAAGAAACUAGAAAAACUGUAUCUGGGAGGCAAUUACAUUGCAGUCAUAGAAGGUCUGGAAGGUUUGGAAGAACUGAGAGAGCUUCAUGUUGAAAGUCAGAGGCUUCCCCUGGGAGAGAAGCUUCUGUUUGACCCCAGGACUCUCCGUUCGCUGGCAAAAUCCCUCUCUAUUUUGAAUAUCAGCAACAAUAACAUUGACGACAUCAAAGACUUAGAGACACUGGAGAAUCUUAAUCACCUGAUCGCUGUUGACAACCAGCUGAUGCACGUGAAGGAUUUGGAGGUUUUACUGAAAAAACUGAUGAAGCUGUGGAAAAUGGAUCUAAAUGGAAAUCCUGUUUGUCUUAAACCAAAAUACAGGGACAAACUGAUACUGAUGUCCAAGUCAUUGGAAUUUCUAGAUGGAAAAGAAAUAAAAAAUCUGGAAAGGCAGUUCCUAAUGAAUUGGAAAGCAUGCAAGGAUGCCAAGAAAGUCAGCAGGAAAAAGAGCAUUAAAAGCGAAGACCCCAGCAACUCCUACAUCAGUAACUUUGAAACAAUACGUCAUAUAGUUCCUGUUUGUUACCCACAGGUGGGUAAGCCAAAAGUAGUCUUUUUCUCUGAUGCACAGAGGUACUUUGUAAGUGGAAAUCCAUCUUCAGAAUGUUCCCAGGAAGAUAAAACUCAAAUUCCUGAAGACAUGGGGAAUCUGUCUUUGAAGGAAUCUGAAAGCUUGCUAACAAAAAACGAUAUCCAUGAACCUCACCUUCUGCGAAACCCACAAGUAAAGGAAACUUUGUAUGAGGAAAAGGAGUAAAUUCAGCCUCGUUUGAUUUGCUUUCUUCAUAGAGCUAGGCAACGGCGUGUCGUGAGGGUUUGUAGGCUUCGGUUAUCUCGGUGUAUAAGUUCUUGUUUGAUUUGUUUCUUUUAGAAUCGGAGACUUUACCUUCCGUGUGUGAAUUCCAGGAUCUAUUUACUUUAUUAGUUGUUAAAUAAAAUUUACCAGGAAAUAGAA